UCAAUUUGUUUAUAAAAAAUGUCGAACUGCUGUCCGAAUUGUUUAUGUGACUCUUAAAAUUAUUUGACUCUUUACAAAAACUCCUCGUUCUCAAAGGAAAAAGAACGAAAUGAAGAGGUGUUGUUCCAUCGUGCUCUUCACAUUAAUGGCUAUUUUUGAGGUCAAGGCUAAGUCGUUAGUUUUUAACAAAUACGGCACAAGUCCUUAUUACGGCGCCAGGAGACCAUCUUACGACAUGGAUUUUGAUGAGAUGCAAGAUCAAAGUUCUGACGUUUUCGGUUAUAAAAGAUCCAUCGAUGGAGGUAUCCAUCCGUUUAAAAGAAGCAUUUUUGGAAGUACACGAAAAAGAAGUCCUUAUGGUUUAGUUUAUAAUCAAGGAAAACCGAUUGGAAUUCUUGAGCCAAUUGGUCAAGCGUUUGAAUACGCUUCUUAUCCAGCCCCUCGAGAUGUUAACCUAAGAAAUACAGGUUUUAAGUCGCAAUGGUAUCCAACAAAAAGGGAGUCAACGGACUUGGAGAUGGAUGAUUUGGAGCGAGCCGACGACGAGCUGGGGGCGUUACACAGCAGCAAUUACGCGAACGUACUGGCCAAGUUCAAAGUCAACAACAAAGUCAAACAUCGGCCUUACCGUGAUUUUCUAUGUGCACAACAGGUUAAAAGAAACGCGUUCUCCGAAGACGUAGCUGAAGAUGGAAACCAAGAUCAUCAGUUCGAUCCUGCAGCGUUGAUUUCAUCCGUGGUUUCUUCGUCGUCCUUCAGCAAUCCCACAUCUUCGUUACUGGAAGAGACUUCAUCGGAUUUGGCAAACAAAAAGCGGGAAGGAGAUGAAUUGAAGAAACGGGGAGCUUUGAAUUUGGGCGAUUUAACGAGCGAUCAAAAGCAAGACGAAGAACAAGUUGUAAAAAUCGAUUCCGGAUUAAAAUCUUCAUCGAAAGUUAAACGAAAAGCCGAGGAGAAGAUUGGUGAUGUUGAUGAUAAUCUAAAAGAGGUAAUGGACGAUUUGAAUUUUAUAGAAAAGGAUGGUUCCGAGCAGCAAAAAGAUGAAAAGAUUGCUAUGAAAAAGAGAGAGAUCUAUUUUGAAGAUGAGGACCUUGAGAAUGGUCUCAAUAAGAUCGGGUUAACCAAAGAAUCUCACUUUGACAGAAAUAAAAAGGAAGAUACUCCUCUUAAAACGAAAAUCGUUACCAAAUCAUUAAAAAACAUCAAAAAGACCAAAGUUGAAAAAAGCAUUCAUAGAAAAGGUAAAAAGAAAGCUAGAAAGGAUUCUGAUGAGCCCAAACAAAGAAUUGUAAAAAGUCCUAAGCGUCUCAAAGGAAACAAUUACAACAAUAACCGUGGUUCAAAAAUAAAUAAAAUCGCAAAUUAUCAAUCUGCUGGCGAAGAAUACCUCCGAAAGAAACGACAAACUGCUAAAGACGAAAAAGCUGAGAGAGGCGAUUCUGAAAUUAUGAAAGGAUUAGAAGAAGCCUCUGGUGAUUUAACAGUAAGCGGGAAUAAAUCGCCUCUUGUAGCUGUAAGUAACGAUGAAAUUGAAAAGAAGAGUCAAGAAAAACGCGAUAAAGAAGAACUGGAGUACGAAAAAAGGCUCGAGAGGAACAUCGAGGAAAAAAUUAACGCUAUCAAAGAAGAAGUUAAAAGGGAAAUUUCCCGUUUGCAAUCUGACGAUGAAGAUGUUGAUGACCCACAAAGGAAAAAAAGAGAGAUAACAAAUAACUUGAUGGAAUGUGAAAGUAGUAUCCUUGAUCCAGGAGAAAACAUCGAAGAAGAUCUUGAACCACACAUUCGAAAGAGAAGAGGAACCGAAAUAAACAAUAACAAAAAUAAAAUGCAUCCGGUUGAAUCGGAAGAGGAAAAGACCCCGAAAGAAUUGGAAGAAAAUUCUGCUAUAAAUAGUAACGAAGAAAUAAAAUCGAAUUCAGAAGAAUCGAUGAUAAAUAAUCGACAAGAAGUUGCAAAUGAUGAAGCAGAAUCUAAAGAAAAAUCUUUAAUUAAAAGAGCUUCAAAAUCAGUACCCGAACUAAAAGAGGAAAAGGAAGAAGAAGAAGACAAAGAAAGUAGUGAUGAAGAUGAUGAGACAGAACGGGAAACAUCAAUGAUUAAGCGAAACCAAAAGAAAGAAAGAGAAAAAGAAAGAAAAAAAAUCGCAAAAGAAGACAUGGAAGAAAACGAAGAAGAUAAAAACGUUGAUAAAAGAGACGCUGAGGUUCAAGUAACCGAAAAAAUAGAGAAUAACGGAGAAGAAGAUGCUUCAACCGAAAAUAUUAAUAAAAGAAACGAUAUUGACGUUAGCGCCAAAGAACAAACAGAAAUCAACGCGGUAAUAGCAGAUGCAAACACGAUCGUGAAAAGAAACGAAGAAGAACAAACAACGAAUAAAUUUAUUAUACCCAGAGCAGGUAUCGAAUCCACCUAUGAGGAGGAAGAAGAAAAUCGACAAGAACGAAGCGUAAAAGAAAAAGAUGUUAAAAAUUUUAAUAACCAAAAAGAAUCCAAAGGAAAAGAAGAAAAUUUAAUAAAAAAUACCGAUAAUAUCUCAAAACGCGAUCAAAGAUCUCCCGAUGAAUCAAGUAGCAAACCAAUAACACACAAAGAAAUCAAAGAAAAACGACAAAAAAGAAGUACAAAUGAAGCAAAAGAAACGAUUCCAGAAUUGGAGAAACCAGCAGCUUCGAAAUCGGUUAUUUUAAACGAACAAGAAUUGGGUAAAGAAAACCAAGUUGAGGAAAGAAGUGCUGCGGAAACCGAAGAGACAAAAGAAUUACCAAUAAAUAAUCAAGAAAAAUCAAAUCUUAACCAAGAUUCAUCUCAAACCGAUAAAGAAGAAAUCAAAGAAGAAAGUAACGAAGUGAAUCAAAACGUUAAAAAACUCGCCGAGGAAGAUGAAACAUCAUAUUUAGAAUCGAAAGAAAAACAAAAUGAUAAUUCCGAUGUUAAACGAAAACGAAGAUCUUUAUAUAACGAAAUGUUAAAGCGGUCUUCUCGAAGAAAACGUGAUGGUUCUUGGAGUGAUUCGGAUUCGGUCGGAUAUAGAGCGGAGGAUGGUGAAAUUGAUGAAGAGGACGAUGAAAUGCAAGAUGAUGGUUUUGAUGAUCAAACAUCUAAUUUAGUAAAUAAAAGAAACGAAUACGAAGACGUAGACGGUCCGGAUUAUCCAACAUAUAUGGAAAGAAAUAAGAGAAACGCCCUUAGACUUUACGACGAUGAAGUUGGGGAAGAUGAAUCGUUUGAUAAUUUUUUGUUUUAUCCGAAGAAAUAUUCUCGAGUAAAGCGAUACGACAAUUUAGGUGAUAAUGUAGUUAGAACGCGUAAUAAACGACGUAAAAGACGCGAGGAGGAACUUACGGGCCGGUUAAGAGGCGAUGCCGUUGAAAAGAAUGAUAUUACGGAAUUAUCCGAAGCGGAUAUAUUCGGAGGACUUCCGCAAAGUUAUGAAGGUGAAUUAUCGCGGUUUAAAAGAGUGAAGCGAUCGAGGGAUACAGAAAAAUAAGUUAGAAAAAAACUAAAAUGUAAUAUAAUGGAAUGGCUUUUUUUUAUUUAUAAUUUAUAUUUUAUUUUACUGUAAUCACCUA